GACUUAUCACUAUCUUCCCUAAACAGCCCAAAUAAUCCGAAAUAACAAAUUACCGACAAUUAAUCAAAGUACUAAGAAUGCAAGUUUCUAUCACGUCACCAUCUCCAUCAUCUACGCUCCUUUCCUCCUCUUCUUCUUCACCGUCACCACACCAUCCACGGGAUCCUGACGAAUGCAAGAGCCAAGAAAUUAAUGACCGUGAGGGGGCAGCAGCAGAGCGCCACGUAGUCGCUUUUCGCCCCCGCCGUGCACGACGAGCUGCAGCAGGAUUAAACCCAACAAUCAAGAUACAGGAGCGAAGAGGGGAAUCAGGAUCCAAGAGCUUCGACUGAGAAAUCCUCUUCUCUUCCUCGCCUCAUCCAACUCUGCAGAGAAUUAAACCCAACAAUCUAUUUCCCCAAACUAGGAAUGGCAAUGGGGCAAGUUCGGGCGGGUAUCUCGAUGCCCAUACCCGCCCUGUGGCAGGUCGGGUACAGGUUGGGUAAUUUAUCAUGGGGCAUGGGUCAGGGCAGGUCGACCCAAUGAGUAUGUAGUUUAUGUGGAAAACAUUAGAAAUAUUCGUUAUUUUCAUUAUAAGACCAAAGAAACAAACCGUAAUAUGGUAAAUUAGCUAAAUUAUUGCAUAAAUUGAUGUUUUCACUAAUUAUAACUUUAUUAUAGCUAAAAUAUGAUGUAGUAAAAGGAAAAUCUUAAGUAAGUUGACUAAGAUUACAUGUAAUUUAGGCAAGAACGGGUCAAAAAUGGGGCGGGGCGGGUCGAUGAGAGUACCCAUGCCCAUCCCGCCCUACCUCAAAAUAGGUCAAACAGGUCGGGUAAAACGGUUCAGGUCAAAAUUGCCAUCUCUACCCGAAACCUAGAAAUUCUCUUCUUUGCAUAUGCCAACUCCGACAGAAUCAAACCCAGAAAUCAAUUCCCCAAACCUAGAACCCAGAAAUCCCCUUCUUCUUCUCAAAUCCCCACACCCUGUUCACCAUCUUAUCCUCGGACCACCACCCCAAAAUUUGUGUCGCCAAAUAUUUCCAAUUUGACAUUUCCCCAAAAUUAGUGUUGCCGAUAGAUCUUUCCAAUUUGACGCAGAGCUUGUUCUAUCCGAUCAGAUUUCGAAAAUUCGACAAAGGAUGAGGUAGCAAUGGAGUUUUAGAACCACGCCUCCUCCGUCACAAUGUAAUGGAAGGGGAAGCGACAAGGGCGCUUGUGAGAGGUGGAGGUGGGAAGAUGAGGAACGAGAGGAAGGAGAAGUGGUGCGAGAGGAUGAGAGGGGUUGUGUUUUGUGGGGAAGAGUUUGGAGAAGACGCAUGAAACUCUAUCUAUGCUGAGGAAGCACAAUGGGAAUUAGGGAUUGCAAAAAUAUCCAUAACCGUGGAUAUCCACUCGAACCCGGUCUAAUCGGGUAGGGUAAAACUCGAACCCGAAGGACAUUUAGUGGGUACGGGUAAAACCCGAACCCGAAUAUUGCGGGUAAUGGGUGGGCAUGGGUUUCUCAGUAUCCAACCCGAACCCGCCCGAUUAUACACAUACAUAUGUAUUUUGUCUAGAAAUAGUCAUUAUUUUUCUCUAACAUAUUUUAUAUUUAGCAUAUAAAUAUAAUAUUUUCAUGAAAUUGUGUUGUUUUAAUUAAUUUUCUUCAUUCUAGUGAAUUAUUGUCAUACUUUUCCUCUUGCGUAAUGUGAGAAUACGUGUGAAUGUUAACAUAUUGGUUGGAGUUAUGAAGAGAAAUCAUUACCCAUGGAUAACCGUGGAUACCCGAAACCCGAACGGGUAUGGCAUGGUUUUAACUUUCUACCCGUGUUAUAUGUGGGUAUGGGUAUGGGUAAAACCCGAACUACUUUGGGUAGGGUAACGGAUAUGCACUAUCCGUCCCCGACCCGACCCAUUGCCAUCCCUAAUGGGAAUUGGGAGAUGAGGGUGGGCAUAUUGAAGAAGAGAAACUGAAAUAGAUCCAUUUUGCAAUUUUGUUUUGUUAGGGGCUCGGGUUUGGUUCUGGGUCGAGGUCGGGGUGGGUUCAUGUGUUGGGUUGGGUGUAUGACAUGGCGAGUUUAGUAAUGUGACAUGUCGGGUUUGACUAUUUGUGGCCCAAAACAACACCGACUAGGCACUGCCCUUUAGCCAUGUCAGCACAUAACGAACUUUAUUAACGGAGUUGGACGGAGACUAAUGGAGAAUGACUAAAUGUAACCUGUUUCA